AUGGCGGUGUAUUUUGAUCACCGUAUCGAGGCCCCUGAAAGCAGCGCGGUGCCCUCUCAUUUGACCUGGCACUCCGCUCUUCCUGUACUAGCUGUGGCCUCAAGCAGCCCCACCAAUGAGGGCAAUGUAGACCUCUAUCUGCAGCAGGGAGAGUAUGUGGAGAGCUGCCAUGUAGGACGUGCGCACCAGCCCAGAGUGCUGCGCUGGCAUCCCACAAAACCAGUGUUGGCACUAGGAUGGGAGAAUGGAGAGGUAAUGCUGCUGACACACCCAUCUGGAGAUCAGACCGUCCUUCCCAACACACACACAGCCAGCAUCACACUGCUGGAGUGGAGCAGCUCUGGCAGCCGCUUGGUAACAGGGGAUCAGACUGGAGGUCUCGCAGUAUGGAAGGUCGAUGCCAGAGGGAGACUUCAAGGAAACCAUCUAGUAAAGCAUGAAUACAACAAACCUUUAACUUGCUGCAUCUUCAAACCUGCUGCACCUGGGGAUGAUGUGGCAAUGCUAGCACGAGCAUCAGUGAGUGGAGAUGAGAGUGCUCUGGAUAUGUUCAGCUGGAAGGGAGCGCCUCUCAAGAUGGGUCCGCAGGAGGGACUUGCGUUCUACGUCGCCACUGCAGAUGGUAAAGUUCACAGUGUGGAUGAACGCUGUAAGACAAACACACUGCUCAGUGUGGAGGGUGCAAUCAAGAAACUGUUCUACCUCAUCAAGAGAGAGGCCCUCGCUGUGAUCACAGAGACCCUGAUGCUCUCACAAUACACUCUGGGACCUGAGGGAGGAGCCCAGGAAUACAUGAAGGUGAAGUUGAGCAGCAAGACUGGUCAGAAUGUCGACAUUGUCUGGACAGAAAACAGCCUCCUCAUCACAGUGUCGGGGGAACAUGUCAUCAGGCUCUGGGACCUGGAGCGAGAUGACAACUAUGUUUUGUCACUGGACGAAUCUCUGGGGUUUGAGAGAGGAGAGAUGAUCAACUGUGUUUCAUACUGUGCAGCAAAAGAAAUCCUGGCAGGUGGCACUAGCCAUGGACGCAUAGCAAUUUGGAGGAUGGUGGCACAGCCAGGCAGUAGCAAAGGUGACACCAGUGGCCAGUGGAAGCUACAGACACCCACUGAAAUAGGGGGAAAUGUCACUCAAAUACAGUGGGGCUCCAGCCUGAAUCUACUGGCUGCCAACAACUCAAACACGGUGCUCAUCCUCUGCGAGCAUGUGAUGUCAGCCCACUUCGGCCAGCAGGUGGCAGCAGUGCAACUUACCCCAACCCAACUCAGCAUCACUCAGUUCAACACAGGAGCGCAGCUUGCUCUGCAGUCUGACACACACAUCAAAGGAGUGUGUGUGACGAAGGAGUCAGUGACUGUCUGGAACGGAAAGCAAGUUACUGGGUAUGAGCUUUCCGGGACAGUUCUACGCAGUACAGGAGAGUUUCCUUGUGAUUCCCAUGUAGUAGCUGUACAUGGCGAGAACCUGUACACCGUGGAACCGAACAGGGUACAGAUCCGCACUCCACAGGGCACUGUGAAGCAACUGUUGACCUUCUCCAAGGCAGAGGGCAACCCUGUGCUGCUCAGUGUGUGCCAGUCUUACCUGGUUGUUGGCACAGACACGGCACACAUCAGAGUCUUUGACCUCUCCAGAAGAGAUGCCAAAGCUCACUGCAGUGCUAAGAACCUGGCUGACCAGAUUGCCAGUUUAGGAGCCCUGAGGUCAGUCAAGUGUAAUGCCAAUGGCAGCCAAGUCAGCAUCCUCAUCUCUCAGGUUAACGGGCGACCUGAUCACAAAGUGUACUUUUACGAUGUUGAAAUGGACACUGUGACACACUUUGACUUCUUCGUUGGCAGACCUACCAGUGGUAUCUCACAGUGUGAAGACAGUGAAAGGCAGCAGUUUCAGGGGACGGAGCUCAGCGGUCGAUGCCCUGUAUCUCACUUCUGGGAUGAGAGUGAACCUCGUCUUUUUGUUUGUGAGACGGUGCCGAUCAGCUCAGAGUCAUCAUCAACUAGUUCCGUUGAUAUGGCCGACGUGUCAGUGGUGACCCUCUUCUGUACACAGGAACACGGGUUACUCCUACAGGACUGCUACCCCAAACCUGCAGGCCUGCAGGCUCUUCUCGCUCUGGAUGUGCCCUACUAUUAUUUCAGCUGCAAGCCUGGUGAGAGGGAUCCAGGGUUAACAGAGGUUUCAGCCACAACAUCAGCACCACCAAAUCAGACCCAGCCAUUGAAAGGGGCGCCAGUCCAGUUCCCCAAUAUGGUGUCUAGGCGAGCUCUCAGGGAAUUUGUGGGUUUGGAGACCUGUGAGAAGGCCACCCGUGAUGCCAUGCUCAACUUCAGCUUCUACCUGACUAUUGGCGACAUGGACGAAGCCUUCAAAGCAAUCAAGCUCAUCAAGAGUGAAGCGGUAUGGGAAAACAUGGCCCGGAUGUGUGUGAAAACCUGUCGCCUGGAUGUGGCACGCGUGUGUCUUGGGAAUAUGGGAAAUGCCAGGGCAGCAAAAGCACUGAAGGAGGCUGAGGCCGAGCCUGAACCAGAGGCCCAAGUGGCAAUGUUGGCCAUUCAGCUCGGCAUGCUGGAAGAUGCAGAGAAGUUGUACAAGUGCUGUCAACGCUACGACCUUCUGAACAAUUUCUACCAGGCCUCUGGCCAGUGGCAGCAGGCUUUAGAGACCGCAGAAAGCAAUGAUCGCAUCCAUCUGCGCACCACUUUCUAUAAUUACGCCAAAUACCUGGAGUCCAUGGGCAACAAGACCCUGGCCCUUGUAUAUUAUGAGAAUUCAGACACACACAGGGCUGAAGUGCCCAGAAUGCUUCAGGAUGACACAUCGUCUCUUGAGAUUUAUGUUAACAAAAUGAAAGACAAGAACAUCUACAAGUGGUGGGCCCAGUACCUGGAGAGCCAGUCGGACAUGGACUCAGCACUGCAUUUUUAUGAAUGUGCUCAGGAUUACCUCUCACUGGUUCGAGUCCACUGCUACAUGGGGAACAUCCAGAAGGCGUCUGCGAUAGCCAAUGACACAGGUGACAGAGCAGCAUCGUACCACCUGGCCAGACACUACGAGGGUCAUGAUGAUAUCAAACAGGCCGUCCACUUCUACACACGAGCCCAGGCCUACAACAACGCCAUACGACUUUGUAAGGAGAAUGGUCUGGAUGACCAGCUGAUGAACCUGGCUCUGCUCAGUAACCCGGAGGACAUGAUGGAGGCUGCCUGUUACUACGAGGAGAAAGGCACCCACAUGGACCGAGCUGUCACACUCUACCACAAGGCUGGUUAUGUCUCCAAAGCUCUGGAGUUGGCCUUUUCCACCCAACAGUUCUCUGUGCUUCAGCUGAUCGCCGAGGAUCUGAAUGAGAACUCAGACCCGGCUCUCCUGGCACGAUGCUCUGACUUCUUCAUCACACAUUCCCAGUAUGAGAAGGCUGUGGAGUUACUGGUAGCAGCCAAGAAGUACCAUCAAGCCCUGGAGCUGUGUGUGACCCAGAACUUGACCAUCACAGAGGAACUGGCAGAGAGAAUGACCGUUACAGAUUCAAAAGAUUUAUCUGAAGAUGCCCGCAAGGAGGUGCUUGAGAAGAUAGCAGACUGCUGCAUGCGACAGGGCAAUUACCACCUGGCUACCAAGAAAUACACACAAGCGGGCAACAAGCUCAAGGCUAUGAGGGCACUCUUGAAGUCGGGCGACACAGAGAAAAUAGUCUUCUUUGCCAACGUUUGUCGUCAGAAGGAGAUUUUCAUCAUGGCCGCCAACUACCUCCAGUCUCUGGACUGGCGGAACAAUCCAGAGAUCUUGAAGACCAUCAUCGGUUUCUACACUAAAGGCAGGGCACCGGACCUGCUGGCUGGCUUCUAUGAAGCCUGUGCUCAGGUGGAGAUUGAUGAUUACCAGAACUAUGAGAAGGCACUGGAUGCUUUGACUGAAGCUGCCAAGUGUCUGUUAAAAGCGAAGGACUCUUCAGGUGGACAGCAGGAAGCGAGAGUGGCCGACCUGCAGCAUAAGGUGUCACUGAUUAAGAAAUUUGUCCAUGCACGCAGGUUGUAUCCGGAGAACGCUGAUGAGGCAGUGCGGUUAUGUGAAGCCCUGCUGGAGGAGCCAGAGUUGGACCCUGCUGUCAGGAUUGGGGAUGCGUUUGGUUUUCUGGUGGAACAUCACUGUCAGCAAGGCAACUUAGAAGUGGCGUAUCGUAAGCUCGAGGAGCUCCAGAAGCGGCUUCCAUCGCAGAACGUGAGGUACUACAUUAGCCAGGCCAGUUUAGAGGCGUUGCAGAGAGGGAUGGGUGUUUCUAUAGAUGGUGAUGACCACAGGCAAACUGUGAAGGAGGAAGACGAAGUGGAGGAGGACCUGAAUUUGUCUUAAAAGAGUCUUAUAUAUUAUCAUAUAUCAUGUAUUUCUUUCUAUUUUCUAUUUGUGUAUGUAGAGCAUUUUCAGUCUUCUACAGUUGGCCCUGAAAGACACAGUGCCGAGAUGAGCGAUUGAUUCAUUUCAGUCACAUUGGUAAAUUUGCACAGUAAUUGGUUGUUACAUGGCAUUUAAUCAUAUCACAUGAGACAAAGUAUCUCCCUCACUUUGAUUAAGGCUUGAGGAUGUUUAAUGUUCUGCAGGUCAUUUUUUCGGAAUUUUCAAAGUACAAACGUACAUUCUGGCUCAGGAACAAGGGAAGAAAUUAAAACUACAGGUUCUAACUGAAGAGCUGUGACAUGUCUGUGGUCAUUUUAUUUAGAUUUAAAUAAGAGCUGAUGGACAUGUCACCCCACACGAGAGUCCAGUCCAAUGUAGAGAUGCUACAUGGUUAAUGGGCUGUAUUUAUGUAGCACUAUUCCAGUCUUAUCGUCCACUCAAAGAGUUUUACAUAAGUCGCAUUUACCCAUUCACACACACAUUCCUCCAGUGCUUCUCCUGCAGGUAGCCAUUACUCGGCAUGGUGUAAAUGAUUGCUAUUAACUAUUGCCUUCUUCCAAAUCAAAUGUGUAUGUUGUGCUUUAUUUUGUCUUAUAUUUAUCCCCAGGUCUAAGUGUGUGGUUUACAGGCAUUUUGUCACAAUCUGUCUUUUUUUAAUUUCACUCAAUGUAUUAUUUGUGAAUAUCCUCUCUAUGUCAAAAAUCGUAUUUCUGUAAAAUAUUUUGCAGCUAUUUUGAUAACUUCAAGCCAAUUUCUACCGUGCACAUUAUAUUGCGAAAUAAUGUUUUUCAUUACAGUGCACUGUAAAGU